AUGUCUCUCAUGGAGUCUGCGGUCGGUGUGACCUUUGGGAAGCGCCCGCUGUACGUGAGGAACCUGGUGCCAGGCCAACCCCUGCUGCUGGUCAGGGAACCGGACAACCCCCACGACCCAAACGCAAUCGCAAUCUACGACACCCUCGACAACCACCUGGGCUACCUUCCGAGUUGGCUCGCACGCACGCUCGCAGCGUUCUUGCCGCCGCAGGGGAGGCUUGCAGCCAGGAUGGAACGAAAGGCGCAGGCAAUAAUCCGGCUCGGAAGCGUCCAUACUCCAGGAUCAGCACAUGAGAAGGCGCUCAGCGAGGCAGCCAGGCCAGAGGGUGCGGCGACUCGCCUCGGAGGCCUCCAGCUGUAUCCACAUCAGGCGGAGGACGUCAUCUGCAUGGCUGCUGUUGAGAGGAUGGGGCCCUGGCGCCCGUUCACUGCUGAGAUGCUGACCAACAUAUGCGGGAGCAACACGGUGCGCUUGGAGGAGCCAGAGGAGUACGUGCCCCCCGUGUUCUUCCCCCUCACCGUCGUGGUGGCCUCAGCAGCAAACGUCUACUCCUGGACCGAGGCCUUGGUCACGCACGGGGGGCAGCGGGUGAUCAAGGUUGCCUCACGUGCUGAGCUGAACAGCUUCGACGUCAAGCGGGACAACCUGCCUGGGAGCUGCGACGUGGUGGUGAUCAGCAGGACCUUUGUCCGGCAGCUGGCGACCAGGCUCCGCUUCAUGCGGGUGUCCAGGCUGAUCCUCGACGACGCGCUGGACAUGGGGGGAGGCCGCUUCGACAUCCGGUGCUGCUUCCUGUGGCUCAUCGAUCACCGCGUCAGCGACUUUCUCAGCCACUUCAGCUCCUUGCCGUCGUGCGUGAGGAGCGCCUUGGCCGGGCUUAGCCUCCCCUCCAUUGAGGACCCGUCGCCCAUCAUCAUCUCGCACUCGCAGCAGGAGGUGGACGUCAGCCUCGGCCUCGAGCACCCCCUGCACUCCUUCUACCACAUCUCCCGGGCGUACAGCUGCGAGGUUGCCCACCUGCCCCCCCUGAGCGCGGCAGACUGUGCGGAGCAGCUGGUCGUGCGUCACCACAUCCCGAUCUGGAAGAAGGAGGUAGCAGCAGACAUGGUGGAGCCCGGGGUGCGCGAGCGGCUCGAGGCGCAGCUCGAGUCUGACGAGGGCUGUAUGGUGUGCCUGGAAGCAUACACGGGGGGCGGCACCUGCCUCUUGACGUGCUGCACCCGGCUGCUUUGCUGCACGUGCGUGUGGAAGAUCGUCCACACAAGCGGCACCUGCCCAAACUGCAGGGGGGCUAUGGAGCACAAGGGUGCAGCGGUGGUCAUGAUCAGCGACUGCCUGGACAACCCCCUCAACGUGACGCACUACUUUUGCUCUCAGAUGGAGAGAAAGUUUGAAGCGCUCUCCUUCCUGCUGUCCCGGAUCGGUCUCGGGGGCAGGGUUCUUAUCUGGACCGGGUGCGCAGACCACUGGGACGAGCUCACAGGGAUGGACUUCCAAGACUUGUUCGAGUAUGAGCUCAACAUGCAGCUUGUCACUUUCUCGGGCAGCGGCGUCCAGCAGAGGUCGAGGCUGAUCGAGUAUCAGGGCAUUGGGGACACCGCAAUCCCGGACCAGUUGAUCCGACUCAGCACUGUCCUGGACCCCCACCAGACCGCCCGUGGCCUGAACCUGGACGCAACGACGGACCUCAUCUUCUACUCCUCUCCAACACAGGAGCAGUAUGAUUACGUCAUGUCUAGGGUUGUGAAUGCAAGGACGCCAGGCAUUAGGAGACGCAGUGGCCGCCGGCUGAAGGUUCACAUGAUGGCGGAGAACAAGGCAUACUUGCCGGCCAUACGAACAUCGCAGGAGGGCAUAGGCAGUGGUAGGGGGGUGGACCCAGGAGCAUAUGAGCUUGCGAUAGCGCAGGAUUUGGUAACAUUCUGA